AUGAAUAACGUUGAUAUCGGAAAAUACAAGAGAAUCGUGCAGUAUUUCUGGGAUCCGGAGCCGAAGAAUGACGACACCGCGGGCUCCCCUAUCUGGUGUCUAGGGCGUGAGUAUCGACCGCUCACCCCUUCACCUCCGCGACAGGCUGAUGAUAACCACACCAAUAACGAUAUCGACAACGGCAGUGGCAGUAAUAACAACUGCAACAACAGCAACAACAUCAACAAGAACAAUAACAAGAGACCAGACGAAAGCAAAAACGAGCCAUACCAUUACCACAGACUUUCAACGUCAGACCGCAGCGGCCUUAGCCCAACCAGACAGCUGCCCUUCACAAAUAAUACCCGUCCCGAAUCGACAUCAAGCAGCUCAUCAGGUCACGACUGGCCAGCGCCAUUCCUAGAUGAUUUUGAAUCUAAGAUAUGGCUUACCUACCGGUCUGGCUUCCCGUUCAUCCCAAAGUCCAGCGAUCCCAGUGCGGCGUCGGCUAUGACACUGGGUGUCCGCCUUAGGAGCCAGUUGGUGGAUUCGCAGGGUUUCACUACGGAUACGGGAUGGGGUUGUAUGAUUCGAUCUGGUCAGAGUCUAUUGGCGAGUGCACUGUCGAUAUUGUCUCUAGGUCGAGACUGGCGACGAGGCACCAAAACCGACCAAGAAAGUAACCUGCUUUCGCUCUUUGCAGACGACCCCAAAGCCCCUUUCUCGAUACACAGAUUCGUGGAGUAUGGAGCUUCUGCCUGCGGGAAAUACCCUGGAGAAUGGUUUGGGCCAUCUGCCACAGCAAGAUGCAUCCAAGCUCUAUCGAGCGAAUGCAAACACGCCGGAUUAAAUGUGUACGUCACAAGCGACGGCUCCGACGUCUACGAAGAUCGAUUCCGGACAAUAGCUAGCGGCGGGGCCACAGAGGCCGGCAUCCACCCCACCUUAAUCCUGCUUGGGAUCAGACUGGGCAUCGACCGCGUUACCCCCGUAUACUGGGAGGCGCUCAAGGAUGUAUUGAAGUAUCCGCAGUCCGUAGGGAUAGCCGGCGGUCGCCCCUCCUCCUCACACUACUUCAUCGGAGCCCAAGGUUCCUACUUCUUCUACCUGGACCCACACCAUACGCGUCCCGCGCUUCCCUACCACGCACCCGGCCAGGUGUUUACCGAAGAGGAAUUAAACUCGUAUCACACGCGUCGACUACGACGGCUGCAUAUCAAAGAUAUGGAUCCUAGCAUGUUGAUUGGGUUUCUUAUCAAAGACGAGGAUGACUGGGCGGAUUGGAAACGGAAUGUAGGGUCUGUGGCGGGGAAAGCGAUUGUUCACGUUUUUGAUAAGGAGAAUUCGCCGUUUGGACAUGGGUCGGAGAGGGAAGGGGCUGUAGAUGAAGUGGAGGUAUUGGAUGACGAGGAAUAUGAUGAAACCACUAAUGUUGAUAUUGUGGAUGAUGAUGGGAGUACUCGUGAUACUGAUGUGGGUGACAACUCUAGCUUUUUUCAUAUCUCGAAAUGA